UUGUUUGCUAGCAACCAAGAUGGCGGCCACACGUUUGGCUGAUCUUGUAAAUCUGUCUUCGCCGCUUUAAAUGCUUAUCAGAUAUAUAUAAAAGCACUGAACAAGAACCUGGAACUAAAGAAUGCAUCGUAUAAAGGAAUAAACGUUUUCCAAAACAAUCAAUAUGCGUAUAUGCGUGAAAUCUUCCUCAGAUGAUGAGGAUCAGAGAGAACUGGCCCAGAAUAAAGGAGAAGAUAAUUAUGAAGCUUACAGGUUUGUGGACAUGAAGGGAGAAAAGAGCGAGGCGUUGCUGGUCAAGGAAUUCAAGAAAGGUGGCCGAAAGGAACUGAAGCGCUUGCUUCGYGAUGAAGGAAUAUUGAAUCCAUAUCUAUACCGUGAGGGGGAAGUCAUUACCAAAGAAAGAUAUUUACGAUGGAAAAGCGAAAACGAAGGAUCCGAAAGGGAUGAAAGUAAGGAAAAGGCCAUUGAUUAUCCAGACUGUAAAGCAUGCUGGUCCCUACAAUCUCGAGGUUCUCUUGGCGAGGCUCCUCUUCACUUAUGUUUCUUGAACAACAAUCCUCUACACACCAAGAUUGCGCAUGUUCUCCUUGAAGAAUACCCAGCAAUGGCUCUGGAUAAAUACGAAGGCGGAGACUACUUUGGCGAGACAAGUCUUCAUAUCGCGAUUGUCAACGGAGACCUAGAGUCUGUCAAACUGCUGGUAAAGUGUGGGUCAGACCUGAAAGCCAGGGCCACUGGAAAGUUUUUUCUUCCUGAAGACUCGAAAACCAAGAUAAAUCUUGAGACCAACUUUGAAGGUUAUGCAUAUUAUGGAGAAUACCCAGCAGCAUUUGCUGCCUGUUUUGGACAUGAGGACAUGUAUGACGUGCUGGUUCGUGGUGGAGCUGAUCCUAAUCUACAAGACUCGUUUGGAAACACAGUACUGCACUUAUGUGUAAUACACGAUAAACUGGAGAUGUACAAACACGCCCUUCACAGGAAACACAAGAUCCGUGGUGAUCCUAAUAUCACUAAUCACGCAGGUCUAACACCUCUUGCUCUGGCAGCCAAGUUCGGACGAAAGUCAAUGUUCCAACCAAUGCUGGAGUUCACAGGCCAAGAAUUCUGGUCUUUUGGUUACAUAAAUUGUUCUGCCUUCCCACUCGAAGGACUGGACUCUAUAGAUAAAGACGGCCGGUCGAACCAAAACUCCGCUCUGAUUACAACAUUGCGAGGCGAAAGCAAAGAACACUUGGAUUUACUUGAUACUGGGAUAAUGUUUCGGUUGCUAGAAGAAAAGUGGGAAGCUUUUGCUAAGCGCUCCUUCUACACUCGUAUGAUGUUCGCGGUUCUCUACCUCAUUGCCUUCAGCUUAUCUAUCUAUCUUAGACCAAGGAAUUUAAAAAUGAAGAUCUUACCAUACAAUUUGGAUAAGCUUCGACUAGCAAUGGAAGCGGUAACUGUGGUAGGAGCGAUUAUCUUCAUUGGUUUCGAAAUCAAGCAUGCUGUCAUCACUCAAUUAGGUUUUAAUGCACAUUUUCGAUCGCUGAGAGACGCGCCAGGCAAGUGUCUGUUCCUGGUCUCCUGUGUCCUCAUAGUCAUCGCUUGUCCACUGAGGUACCUCGACCAACUGGUCAUCGAGACUCAUCUUAUGGUCAUAGCAGCUCCCAUGGCCUGGUGCUAUUUACUGUUCUUCUGUAGGGGGUUUAGCGCAGUUGGUCCAUUUGUUGGUAUGGUGUAUAAGAUGUGUGCGGGAGAUAUGACACGUUUCGUCAUCAUCUACGUUAUAUUUCUGGCUGGACUUGUACAAGCGUUUAAAUAUCUAAUGCAAGGUGAACCGAAUUACGAACACGAGGGCGACACAUUCCUGUCCCUACUACAGAUGACGUUUGGAGAAUUUGACUAUGCGCAGUUCGAGAAUUCAAGAUACCCGAUAUUGACCAAGCUGUUGUUUUUCUACUUCAAUCUGUUCAUUACUGUGUUGCUACUGAACAUGCUUAUCGCCAUGAUGGCCAGCACUUAUCAGAAUAUCGCUGAUCGCUCCGAAAAGGAAUGGAGACGACAGUGGGCUGAAAUAAUCAUGGUCAUUGAGCACUCAAUUUCACCAAAAGAAUUAAUGCAUUAUCAAGAUGGGUACUCGGUCAACAUGGCGGGCGAAGGCUCGAAAGAGAGGUCGCGAGGUAUCAUGGUAAUAAAGAAAACUGACAAGAAAAGUAAGGCUGACGUCAGAAAGUCUGCCGUCCAAAACUGGAAGGUGACUCUCAAACAAAUCGUGGCUGAGAUUUCCAAUUCUCAGUGACGUCACUAACAAGAUUCUGGGUAAAACAUCCAUUAAGGACGAGCUCCGGCUACAGGCUUUCUCGUAAAAAAGUGCAAGAUUGGGACUAGCACUAGAGCCAGACUCCUGAAACAAAUUAUGGACUGAAAGGCCUGGUAUAGGAGCAGAUCUACUCAUUAUAUUGAAACCUUUUUCAACGAAACUACAGGUUAGUUAGUUGUCUUCAAAUAUAGGAAACUGGUACAACGCGGUCAGAUUUUACCGUUAUGUAUUGAAAGAGAAUUGGUACGACGCCUAUACGUAUGAUGGUAAACUCUCAAUUAUUGGAUAAUAAUUUAUAWUUUUUUUUGAGAGUAAAAUAUUUUUCUAUCAUUUUUAUACACGAUAAAUGCAUGAAUAUUUAUUAGAAUCUUGUGGAUUGAAUAGCACAGAUUUAAGAAGAUGCAAAUUAACAAAAAUAUAUUAAGUAUUUAAAAUAAAAUACAUGACAAUUGUA